UCCCUCGGGGGUCUGUCGGGGUUGGGGCCAACACUGUUCAACAUCUUUGUUGUGACAGGGACAGUGAAUGCAAAUGUGGUCUGAUGGGGACCUGUCUGUAUUUAGGCAUUUUAAGAAGUCACCAUCCUGCAGGUCUGGCCCAGUGUCCAGUCAGACACCAAUAUUAGAGCAGAGGAAUCCCUAAGAAAAGUGGCUUACAGCCUACUUGGAUUUGGGUGCAGCAGCAUGCUUGGGUCCAGCUGACAGAGGUGUGACCACGUUGGGGUGCUUAGCUGAAGCUGUGCAGAUUUAUACAGCAAACUAGACCCAGAUGUGAGCCUACAAACCUGCAGAAGGCAUUGCAGGAUCCAGGUGUACACGGAGCUUCAUGGACUGGGACCUGUCUGCCUCAGGCUGACUUACCUCCAGCACUUCAGAGCAAGUCCUGCCCCUGGGAGGCAGAGCUGGAUAUCUGCGAGAGGAGAUGGAGCAUUGCUUUGGCAGGGCCCUGGCUGAGCAUCACUGGGUCAGAAAUCAGCAGUUUCCAGCAGCUUUGGGAGACUUCUGGGACACAGCGGGCCAGGAGCGGUUCCAGAGCAUGCACGCCUCCUACUACCACCAAGCCCACGCCUGCAUCAUGGUGUUCGAUGUGCAGCGGAAGGUCACCUACAAGAACCUGAACAGCUGGUACAGGGAGCUGAGGGAGUUCCGCCCGGAGAUUCCCUGCAUUGUGGUGGCCAACAAGAUUGAUGCGGAUAUGAAGGUGACCCAGAAAAGCUUCAACUUUGCCCGGAAGUUCAGUUUGCCCUUUUACUUUGUGUCUGCUGCCGACGGCACCAACGUGGUGAAGCUCUUCAACGAUGCCAUCAGACUGGCCGUGGCUUACAAACAGCACUCGGGAGACUUCAUGGACCAGGUCCUGCAGGAGCUGGAGAGCUUUGACCUGCAGAAGAUGAACGAGGAUUCAUCAGAUAGAGAGAAGAGCUGCCCUGAAGAGGAAACCCCAUCUGCCUAAGCCUGGACCCUGAGCCUGGUUUUCCUUUGCCACUGGACCCUGAGUCCAGUUUCCCUUGGCAUUGCAUUUCUGGGGCCUGCACAGAGAACAGUGAUGUUUCUUGUGCCCUGGAGCUGUGAUGAUGGGCAGCUGGGCCUCUCCCUUCUUGUGGGAGCCCUUCUGGGCAGGAUCUCCCUUGGCUUGGCCCUCACCACUGCACAUCUCACUCAAGCCAAAGAACAAAUGUGAACAGCCCAGCAGACUGACAGAGCAGGGACUUUCCCAGCCCAUGGGUGCACUGAGCAGGGCUGAAAACACAGUUAAUGAGGAGCACAGAAACUUUAUUUCAACACCCUGGUCACGUCAGCAUCGGUGUGGGUGCAGCGGAGCAGCGUGGGCAGGACAGAGCAGCCUCUGGCCCCAAGGCUACCUUUGGCCCAGCAGGAAAUGGCCGUGGCCCACUGUAGCCCUGGAUCCCGCUCAUCCCGCUGCUUAAGCCUUUUUGUCCUUCAGGAAAGGCAGGAAGUCCUGCAGCAGGUUCAGGAAUUGCACCAGGAUGAGGAGUGGGAAUGCCGUGGGCAUUAACGAGGCCGAGGAGCUCGGUGCCGGUCUCUGGCUGUGCUUGGGGGUCAGGCUGAUGUCUGGCUCUGGCGCUGGCCUCAGAUGCUGCUCAGGGGUCAGGCUGAUGUCUGGCUCUGUCACUGGCCUCAGAUA